UUAUUUUUUAAAUGUGACAACAGCACCGGCCUGUGUGACAAGUAGAAAACCCAGCACAGACUCGAUGAGAGUCCAUUCUGGCAGCUUUUAGCUCCCAUGGAGACGACAUUCAGUUGCAACUCGACGCAAAACAGUUCGCGAGGGGCUGAUAUGAGGAAUUCAAGCCCUGACCCUUUUUCUUUCGUCAGGCAAGAGCGCCGUUACGUCGGAAGAGUCGCCGGAGCCCGGCGCUGAGGCUGCGAGUCCGUCAGCCGCCGUUUGUUUUUCGCUGGAAAAUCUACAACAAUAACGCGAGAGCCCGCAACUCACCGCACGGCUACAGUUGCAACUGUCAAAGGUGGAGUGGAUGCGCGCGUGAGCCAACACACAUCGCUGUCAUACUAGUGAACAGCGGCUGCCGUUGAACAAAAUUCGCGAGGUAAGCAGCGGAGCGGCGAACCGCCCGAGAUUUUGACGGGUCUGCAUAUUUUUAAUUUUUUUUCCUCUUCUAUUUCUUUUACUCCAACUAAACGUCGACAUUACUGCACUAAUUAUAUUUUGAGCCUCCCUUCUGCUCCGGCCAGCGCAAGGAUUUUUUUUUACUCCUCCUUCGUAAUAAAGUCGCCAUUUUGCUUCACUGCCUAUAUAAACCAUCCCGUAUUGUAUUAUUUUUCCUUAAGAGUGUGGAACGCGGCAGUCUUUUCUGGCUGUUUUCGCUUUUUUUCCCCCCAUGGAGUGUCUGAGGAAACACGGAGCUGGGAGAAGUGCCUCGUGGUGUACAUAUUAAUGCAGGAAAGGAGGGGACGCUGCGCCGUGAAACUAGAAAUAAGGGGGAAGUAUCCAGGAUUUUCUCCCAUUAUUUGAAUUGGAAAUUCGACUUCUCCUUUCUCCACAACACUCGUCGUCUGCAGAGUGGGGACACACACACAAGCAGAACAACAGUGCCCGCUUCCUCUGAGCCUCCCCGACCUCCGCGUGACCGGCCCUUGACGCUCGGCAGGUGUGAUUGCCAUGUAACACAGCAUUGGUGGAAAAACGCCCCUGUCUCCUGACCCCCCCCCCACCCCCGUCACGUGGGUGACCCGGGGCCACUCGGCUCCUGGUGCCGGGUGACUGCUCGACUGUUCAGGUAUGGAAAGCCCCAGUGGCCCCAGGAUUGGGAAGAUGUCCUCAUUAGGUCUACCAAGAAGCCGGACAAAACAGUUGGAUUCCCAAGAGUUUACUAGAAACUCACCAGCACCUGAAAACAACAGCAAACAUAGUUUAGACUUUGAUGAUUCAGCAGACGGGAAGAGGAAAGGUCGCCCCAAACCUGAGGUGCAGGAAUUGAGAAGUAUUCCUGCUCAUUUGAUAGUACAAUGGAAGGAAGAGUUUAAGCGCCACUCCAGGGUUAAAUGUCCACGUUCAGGCUGUUGGUUAGAGUUUCCUAGCAUUUAUGGCGUCAAGUACCACUAUCAACGCUGCCAGGGGGCCACAGUGACCGAAAAGCUGAGUCAUAGCUGUCCCUACUGUGAUGCAGCAUUUGCUACAAAAGUGCGUUUGCAGAAGCACAAGCUAUGGAACCAUCCAGACAAAGUCGCUAAGGACCCCAAGGAAGAGCUACCUAAGCUUCAAAAGACCCACUUCAAGUCCAACAUCAAAAAAAGGCCAAUGGAGAACAGUCCUCCUUCUCCUGUGUUUUUCAAAGUGAAAAAAACACAUGAAAUGUCCACGCCCUCCUACAAUGGAGAGCUGGCUCACCAGAGGAGUGAGAGGAAACAGCACAGCCACAGCCAGCCUUCACAGCAAUCUGAGCAGGUCCAGUCACCCCACUCUCAAUCACAAUCCCAAAGCACAUUAUCUGAUGCAGGGGGGAGUGAAAGCGAGGGUGGCAGUCUUCCCCCUUCAUUACCUGAUGAGGACCCAGAACGAAUGAAGCACAGGCGGAAGCAGAAAACUCCCAAGAAGUUCACUGGAGAACAGCCAUCAAUAUCGGGCACAUUUGGAUUGAAAGGUAUGGCUAAAGUAGAGGAAAAAUUAAAGGCCGGGCGUAUGAAAAGACAAGAAGGGAGUGGAUUCAGUGAGGAGCCUCAGAGAAGACCUUCCUCAAGUCAGUCCUCAAAGAAAGAGCCGGCACUAUCAAGCUCUGGUGCUGUUCACGACACUCAGUGGCAGCGAACAAUCUCAGAACGAGGAGAAGUUGUGUGUCCAACCUGUUCCAUAGUCACCAGAAAAACAAUCCACGGCCUCAAGAAACACAUGGAGAUCUGCCAGAAGCUCCAGGAUGCCCUGAAGUGCCAGCAGUGUCACAAACAGUUCAGGUCUAAGGCCGGCCUCAACUACCACACUAUGGCUGAACACAACACCAAGCCCUCAGGGAGCGAAGACCAGACCAGCAACGAGAAUGAGGAGAGAGAAAGGCUGCGACGAGUGCUCAAACAGAUGGGACGAAUCAAGUGUCCUAGUGAGGGGUGUUCGGCCCACUUUUCAAGUCUAAUGGGCUAUCAGUAUCACCAACAGCGUUGUGGAAGAGAGUUUUCUGAUGAAGAGCAGCUUGCUUUUCUCUGUCAGCACUGUGGAAAGAAUUACCGCUCCAAGGCAGGCAGGGACUACCACGUACGCACGGAACACUCGCCGAGCAUCACAACGGUGACAGCCACAGCCACCAAUGACAGGAAGGACAGCCUGACUGACACCAACAACAGUAACGGCAAGGACAGGGUGUUGUCAGAGGAUUUUCCAGCAGCAGUAAGAAAAAGGGAACCAAGCGAGGCGGAGAGGAAGGACAGGCAGGAAAAAACCCCACUUCUCCAGCCCAAGGAGAAGGAGCAAGUAAAGGUAAAGGAGAAGGAGCAGAGCAAAGAAAAAGCAGCACAAACUCUGAUCCAGGAAGAAGACUUUGAAAGGACUCCUAGUGGAAGAGUAAGGCGGCGGUCAGCACAGGUAGCAGUGUUCCACCUGCAGGAGAUAGCAGAGGACGAGCUGGCGAAAGACUGGGGCACAAAGCGCCGCAUUAAGGAUGACCUGGUGCCUGACAGCAAGAGGCUAAACUACACUCGACCCGGUCUGCCCAGCUUCAGCCCAGAACUUCUAGAGUCCUGGAAGAACCAAGUCAAGGAAAAAGGCUUCAUCUGCUGCUCAAAUGCCAACUGUGAAGCAGUUUAUUCCAGUGUGUCCGGGUUGAAGGCUCACCUUGCCAACUGCAGCCAGGGUGCCGGUGAGAUGGGCAAGUACACCUGUCUGAUCUGUCAGAAGGAGUUUAGCUCAGAGAGUGGUGUCAAGUACCACAUAAGUAAAACACACUCACAGAACUGGUUUCGUACUGCAGCCAACCAUGUGGUGUCUGGUAACAAGAGCAAAGUGGAGGAAAAUAAUGGGAUCAGAGCUGAAGUGAGGAACGGUGCCACCACUGGUAAGAAGAGAGGGCGCAAACCUAAAGAGCGCCCCAGUGUGGACGCUCCUCCACAAACAGAUAUCGAAGCACUUACUCAGAAUACUGUCCUAACUGUGGCCCCUCCCUCUGGACCAGCACAGUCCUCCGCCUUGGUUCCCAACUGUACGGACGGUGACUACCCAUGCCACAACAGACAGCCUGUCCCCUCAGCCCCCAGACGAAGCAAACCUAAAAGGCCCUUUUUUGAGUAGUUCUGGAGCCAGCGAGGAGCUUCAAACAUUGCAAAUGACGGGAAACCUCUCGAACUCCACAGAAACUCUGGGCUUAAGAAGAAACUCAAACCCACCAAUAAGAAAGAAACAAAUGUUAGUCCUUAAAUUCUAAUUCAAGACUCCGGAUUUCGUGUUUGCACUGGUAUGAACAAUAUUCACAAAGGUUUUUUCCUCCAUUCCACUAUUGUCUCCUUUCUAAGGCUUUCAGUUUUUAUUUUUGUUUUCCCAGCAGGGGGGGUAAUCGCAAAUCAAAUCCAGAACUUAAACAUGCUAGUUUUUUGUUUUGUUAUUUUUAACAAUCAUAGUUCUCUAUAUUAAAGAAGACACAAGUUUUCUCUGUGAGAUACAUGUUGUGCUUGAGAGGUUUUUAAAAAUAGAAAUUUUAUCAGCAUGAAGAAGCCAUUUAUCGAAAGCUAGUGUUGUCACAGAUAGACUUGUCUGUGUACAUAAACAGUAAAUAUAUCUUUGUGUAUAUUUAAAGCAAAUAUUCAUUUUUCAUUUUCAAGUUGAGCAGAUUCAGUUUGCAGUCUAAAGUUUUUUAUGGGCGUAAGUGACAUUUUGUUCCUUGUUUCUUCUUUUAACCUGCUUAUCUAUUUGGGUUAACAUGUUGGCCAGUUUUAAAUCACGGUUCACUCUUUAAAACUACUUUGACAGGACGAAUAAGAUUGUCUGCCUUACAGAUUGUUUCCUCAGAUCUUUUUUAUUGAAACUAACAAACUGAAUCCCCCCCAAAAAACGAUUCAAAACUCUUAAAUAUAUACAUUUUUUAAGUUAUGCUUAAUGCAAUAUUUUAAACAGAAUCUCCGUCUAUAUUUGGCCCAGGAAAGGUAAAUAUUAGACAAAGGGAAGAACUUUGUGUGAAACUUAUCUAAGACUAUUGCAGCACAAUCACAUCAUGUGACACCACUUUAAAUAGGGCCAAGCUUUGGCAACUGCUUUAGCUUACAUCUAAGCUGAAGAGAGGAUUUUAAAAUAUAUAUAUAUCUUUUAUAGAGCAUUUGAGAAAAAUACAUCUUUAUUAAAGAAAAAGAAAAAAAACUUCUGAUUAAAAUUCACAGAAAGUAAUGCAUAUGCAUGAGUUCCUGGAAGCUCAAAGUUAUUGCCUUGCACUUUAACACUCGAGCUUUCAUGCUUGCCUUUUUGCACUCCAAGAAUAUACAACUGAAGUGCAGGAAUGGGAAUAUUUUUUAACUCCAAUGAAAGCUGGAGUUAGGGGAAAAAAAAUCAGCACAGUUAACACUUUGAGUCCAGGAUGACAGUAACAUUUACAACAUCAGAAAGCCAUAACUGGUUGUUAGUGUGCUGCCACUAACUGUUAGAUUAGCCUCAGAUUUGCUUUAAAAAAAUUGAAAAAAGUUAAAUACAUUUUAUGACGUGGAAUAUUUUCACUUGGUAAUGGUAAACUACUUCAUUUUGUAGUUGAAAUUAUAAUAGAAAUUCCAUAAGAAUUUAAUAUAUUAUUGUUUGUAUCAAUUCAAAAAUACUAAGUAUAAGACUUAAAUCUGGACUCUUUAAAUAAAAAAAACUGUGGUGUGGGGAUAUUCUGGUGAAAAUAUAAAGGUGCUUUACUAGCCUUUCUACCUUAAAGACCUGAAACAACUCACGCACAUCCACCAAUCCAUUUUGCCAUGUUCUUCGUGUUUGCAAGUUGUCUGAAUUUUGCACCAAAACGUCAUGUCAUCAUGAAAACAGUGAAGAACUGAACUGUUUAGGUGUUCCUAAAACCACAAGGAGCUGAUAGUCAGAAGACAGUGAAGAAACAUUUUGUUUUAAAAGUAAUUUUGAGUCCUUCCUAAGCUGUAAACUUUUAAAACAUAAACCAGAGAUCCAGUAUGAUUUUUUUUUCUUCCUAAUAUGAGGAUGGAGUUCAUCCAGUCGGGAAUGGCUGUGCACUUGUUUAGGGAUGGACCUUUAUCUUCUGUGGAGUUUCAGCUGAGGAAGCAUCAUUCAGACGAGCACUGAUUGGUCUGUGGACCUGUUCAAAAUGAGUCGUUGGAACCUUCUGUGCGUUUGUGAGUAUGUGUGUGUAUCUCAGACAGUUAGCACCUUUGUAAUGGGUGAAUGUUAAAAUGGUGACACUUGUUAAGUGUUAAGCUGUAGCACAGAAUCACUUCAUUAGCUGCUUAUUUCUUGUCUCAUCGAUGGCGUCACAUUAACCUGGUUUACCUAAAAAGCUUUGGUGUUGCAAUAUGAUAGUUUAGCACUGCUUUAACAGUGAGUAUUUUAUAUUUUAUCACUCCCUUUACUAUCUGUCUUCCUAUUAAGUGGAGAACGCAUACCUAUUCCGCAGUGUGAACUAACUGCAACAUGUUUAGAGAGUACAGCAAUACACCAUAUUUAGCUGUUUUUGUUGGCUUGCUACAAUUUUGAUAUUGAUGUGUCUUCUCAGACCUGUAUGGCUUUUUUUUAUUACUCUCCUACUUUAACUUUUAUUGCUUUGAAAAAUGCUUUUUACAAGUUAAAAUUCUACAGAAAUAUUGGGGGGAAAAAGUUUGUAGAUUUCAAAGAACCUUGCAAGCCCAUGUGUUGGCAUACACUGUUAUUUGAUCCAUUUUUGGUGAUGCACAUAAAUUGAGCUUUUUUUCAUUUCAGGAUGGUGGUCACAGAUUCUUUUCUCAAUAUCUAUUGAAUAUUGGACAACAAGGCAUAUGUAUGUGUGUUUGUUUCUGUAUUUAGUGCACUUAUUAUAACAUGAAAUAGGCUUGAAAUAGGAGUGUCGUUGGAGCUUUCUAGUUACCUGGACUGUGUGUGGUGUGACUUUUGUACCUGGGGAAACAGGAAGCUCAAAUGUCUUCCCAAUGUCAGCAAUGUUAUUUCCAAAACCAAGGUUUAAUCCUUAGCAACCCCCUUAGACAACCUAAGAAUUUUAACCUUUUAUUUAAAUAACAGUGGUUUGUUUUGUAUGCUACCUACUUGAAAAGCAGGAGAUGACAUCCAGCUAUUGUGGUGAAACCUUUGAGAGUUUUACGAGAUGUUAUUGCAGCUCUAAACUAUUUAUGAUACAUAGAAGAUACAAUGAGACUAAUUAUGUAAUAAAGAUAUUCCAAAUCUGAUAUCAAGCUGUACAGUAUCUAACAUUGAGGAAUCACAUCCUCCUAUGCGUCUGAACUGUUACAAAUUUUUCCCAAACUUGUUGUAUUAUCUGUGCAUUAUUAUUCCUCAACUAAUUAAUAAAAGUUUGUUGACUAAA